CGGAGCCAGCGCUGGGCGCAGCGGCAGAGCCAGGAGCCGGCGCAGCCUCGUCGCCGCAGCCUCGUCCCCGUCGCCCGCUGCCUCGUCCCCGCCGCCGCCGCCGCCGCCGCCGCCGCCCCCGGGGCAUGGCCUGUCUGAUGGCCGCUUUCUCGGUCGGCACCGCCAUGAAUGCCAGCAGUUACUCCGCAGCAAUGGCGGAGCCUAAGUCGGUGUGCGUCUCGGUGGACGAGGUGGUGUCCAGCAACGUGGACGACGCUGAGACAGACCUUCUGAACGGGCAUCUGAAGAAGGUGGACAAUAACCUCACUGAGGCCCAGCGCUUUUCCUCCCUGCCCCGGAGGGCAGCUGUGAACAUUGAGUUCAAGGACCUUUCCUACUCGGUUCCCGAAGGACCGUGGUGGAGGAAGAAAGGAUAUAAGACCCUCCUGAAAGGCAUCUCUGGGAAGUUCAACAGUGGAGAGUUGGUGGCCAUCAUGGGGCCCUCCGGGGCUGGGAAGUCCACACUCAUGAACAUUCUGGCUGGAUACAGGGAGACCGGCAUGAAGGGGGCCGUCCUCAUCAACGGCAUGCCCCGCGACCUGCGCUGCUUCCGGAAGGUGUCCUGUUACAUCAUGCAGGACGACAUGCUGCUGCCGCACCUCACGGUGCAGGAGGCCAUGAUGGUGUCGGCACAUCUGAAGCUGCAGGAGAAGGACGAAGGCAGGAGGGAGAUGGUCAAGGAGAUCCUGACCGCACUCGGCUUGCUGUCCUGUGCCAACACGCGGACUGGGAGCCUGUCGGGCGGCCAGCGGAAGCGCCUGGCCAUCGCCCUGGAGCUGGUCAACAACCCUCCAGUCAUGUUCUUUGAUGAGCCCACCAGCGGCCUGGACAGUGCCUCCUGCUUCCAGGUGGUGUCCCUGAUGAAGGGGCUGGCCCAGGGGGGGCGGUCCAUCGUCUGCACCAUCCACCAGCCCAGCGCCAAGCUCUUCGAGCUCUUCGACCAGCUGUAUGUCCUAAGUCAAGGACAGUGUGUGUACCGGGGGAAGGUCUCCAACCUGGUGCCAUACUUGAGGGGUUUGGGCCUGAACUGCCCCACCUACCACAACCCCGCAGAUUUUGUCAUGGAGGUGGCCUCGGGCGAGUAUGGCGACCAGAACGGCCGGCUGGUGAGGGCAGUGCGGGAGGGCCUGUGCGACUCCGACUACAAGAGAGACCUCGCGGGGGACGCCCAGGUGAACCCCUUCCUCUGGCACCGGCCCCCUGAAGAGGACUCUGCUUCCAUGGAGGGCUGCCACAGCUUCUCCGCCAGCUGCCUCACCCAGUUCUGCAUCCUCUUCAGAAGGACCUUCCUCAGCAUCAUGAGGGACUCGGUCCUGACGCACCUGCGGAUCACCUCGCACAUCGGGAUCGGCCUCCUCAUCGGCCUGCUGUACCUGGGCAUCGGGAACGAAGCCAAGAAGGUCCUGAGCAACUCCGGCUUCCUCUUCUUCUCCAUGCUGUUCCUCAUGUUUGCCGCCCUCAUGCCCACCGUUCUGACCUUUCCCCUGGAGAUGGGCGUCUUCCUCCGGGAACACCUGAACUACUGGUACAGCCUGAAGGCCUACUACCUGGCCAAGACCAUGGCCGACGUCCCCUUCCAGAUCAUGUUCCCCGUGGCCUACUGCAGCAUCGUGUACUGGAUGACCUCGCAGCCGUCUGACGCAGUGCGCUUCGUCCUGUUCGCGGCCCUGGGCACCAUGACCUCCCUCGUGGCUCAGUCUCUAGGCCUGCUGAUCGGAGCGGCCUCCACGUCCCUGCAGGUGGCCACGUUCGUGGGUCCUGUGACGGCCAUCCCCGUCCUGCUGUUCUCAGGGUUCUUCGUCAGCUUCGACACGAUCCCCACGUACCUGCAGUGGAUGUCAUACAUCUCCUACGUCAGGUAUGGCUUCGAGGGGGUCAUCCUGUCCAUCUACGGUCUGGACCGGGAGGACCUGCACUGUGACAUUGACGAGACCUGCCACUUCCAGAAGUCGGAGGCCAUCCUGCGUGAGCUGGACGUGGAGAACGCCAAGCUGUACCUGGACUUCGUUGUCCUCGGGGUCUUCUUCAUCUCCCUGCGCCUCAUCGCCUACCUUGUCCUGAGGUACAAGAUCCGGGCAGAGAGGUAGAAGCCCUGGGCACCAGCAAGGAGGCCAAGGAGGCCAAGGAGGCGUGCAGCCAAGGGCCCGAGGCGCUGCGCGGCCGAGCCGGAGACAGACUGCAGAGCACGGGCCGGAGGGCUCUGGGCCCGCCUCUGCCGGCCGGGCCGGCCCUCCUCUCCACCACCUUUUCUAGCUGUACUAGGAAGAUGUAGAAAGGUCUGUUUUACAUGCAGGCUUUAAAGUGCCAGAACUGGGGCAGAGUUUAGAACUGCCGCAGCUGGCGCCAAGGGGCGCCCGCCGUGAGGUUCCUGCUGUGGCCCCGUGAGGCUAGUCCUCCUGAGGCCGCUGGGGAGCUGGAUGUCCUGGGCAGGAUGUCCAAGUGCAGGCCUCUGCUCCAGGACUGCGGUGUCUCAAGGUCAUCUUCCUGAGGUUUCUCUUUUCCAACAGAGUCACUUUUCGGGUCAAAAGUCGAUAGAUUUCAUCUGUUUUAAGAAGUUGUAUCUUUUCAGCACUUGCUGAGGACUUACCCAGGGUAGAGUCCGUGCUUUGUGUAGAGAGUUGGGCCUGAUCCCAGAGCGGGUCCCCCGCAGGCGGACCUCCUGGAAGGGCAGGUGCCACUGCAGGGGGCGGGGCUCCGUGCUGUCCCUCCCCCUCCGACCCCAGGGUGCGACGCUGCGGCCCCCUCCUGCAAGCCCUUUCAUUUCCAUGUGCUUCUUACUUUAAGCCAACUAGAUUGUUCCUCCCUAACUUUCUGACUACCUUCGUUUUGCCUAAAAAAAAAAAAAAAAAAAAAAAACCAACUUGUGUAGAAGAUUAGAAGAUGACCCUGCUGAUUCUGAAGAGGUCUCCUGGCUCUUCUCUCACUCCAUCUACCUCCGCUGAGCCUGGAAGCUGAGCUUCAGGAGUUGCAGCUGUGGCCGGGGCGAUGGGUCAGCUGGAGCAGCCCUGAGAGAGGAGCAGCUGGACCAGAGGGGAGCUGCCACGAGACCCUCUCUUUCCAGAACCCCUGUGCUAGGGCCAGUCUCCUGUGAAGACUGUGUUUGUGGGGGCAGGUCGCUAACCUCUCUGAGCCAGUGUCCUCGCCUGUAAAUAAUUGCACUAGACCGCGCGGCGCAAGGUCCUCUUCAGCUUUGGAAGGUCCGGAGGCCCGCAGGUCUCGUUUCCUGCUGGUAGAGAUGGAACGCGUCUGGAUCUUACUUGCACAUGCAUUUGGUUGGAAAAUGUUAGAGAGUCUUUUUAUUUUUUCACUCCUAGAUCUUUUUUAGUAAAUCCAAUGGAAACGCAUAUUAAAAUGUAGUUUUAAGUUUGCUUGUUCUGUACAGA